AAAACAUACCACGAAAGUACCCGGAUGAGUGGAACGCCGAGGGCCGAUCGCACUUCGCUCGUGCGCUAAGGUGGAGCUAAAGUCAGCUGCUUGAGCUAACGGCGCGCCGCUUCUCCUCUUAAAUUCUCUCAAAGGAAAAAUGUUCGGUUCCUCGCGGUCCGGAGGGGUCCGUGGAGGCCAGGACCAGUUCAACUGGGACGACGUGAAAGUCGAUAAACACAGAGAAAACUAUCUUGGGAACUCUUUGAUGGCACCAGUAGGGCGAUGGCAAAAAGGCAAAGAUCUGUCGUGGUACUCGAGAGAUAAAAAAGGCGAACCGUUGACCAAAGAGGAUGAACUUGCUGCUGUCAAAGCUGCAGAGCACGAGGCCCUGAUGGUUGCCCUAGGGCACAAAAAUAUAAAGAGACAACCAACUGGCCUGACCAAAGAGGACCUUGUUGAUGUUUACCGGAGGGAAGAGGUUGAUGGUGAAGAGAGAGAUGUGGACCGUGUCUCAGGCUUGGGAAGCUCCAGUGCAGGCUCCAGGAAAAUGGUGCUCUCCCAAAAGGAGAAGGAGACGGCUAAAUUAGGCUUGCCUGUUUUCACACAUCACAAAACAGAAGGUUGUCCAGAAACCUCAACAGCAAAGACAUCUCAGAGUGUAGAAAAGGGGGAACAACGGCACGAGAUCAAAAAGAAAAAGAAAGAAAAAAAGAGCAAAAAGGAGAAAAAGAAGAAGGAAAAGAAGAAGAAACGGCAAAGGAGAGACUCGUCCUCUUCGGAGUCGGGUGACAGAAAAAGGCACAGAAAGGACCACCAUCAUCAUAAUCCAUCAUACCACAGUCAGAGUGGAGCCAGACCCCAUGACAGCCAUUCAAGGGGGGGGGCAAAGGCCGAGCAACAGCCCCCCCGCCCCCAUCAUCGACCGCGGCGGCAUGACACAGACUCCUCGGAUGGGGGGUCUCCUGUCCCCCGUAACCCUGUCAGCCACAAGACGGCCCCUGCUGGUGGCACACAAAGCCACAGGCGGCGCCACGACACAGACUCGGACAACUGAUCCCCCCCCCCCCCACUCUUCUUCAUUUCCAAGACUCGCAACACGGACGGAACGCUCUCCGGCGGCUCGACUGGCCCCCGAAGACCCCAUUCACCCCGAACAGCCAAACGGACUGUAGAUGGAGAGAGGUCGCUGCGUCUGUCUCGCGGGCUUUGGCCUCCAUGUUCCUUCAUCCAAUAAAUUGGCCGAUUCGUCACGGGACACCGAUGUCUUUUGUGAUAUUUUGGGUUGUGUUUGACGUAGAUUAACUUAUUUUUUUCGUUUAACAUUUUGUGAUUUUAAACCACCACAUAUUUCCAUAUAGUCGUCGUGUUUUUUAUUUUUUGGGGGGAAAUAUAAUGCAAGAUAAGAUAUUUAGCACACAAAAAAAUCUUUUCUUACAAUGUCUGGUGCUGGGAAGUUAUUAGUUUGGGAAAUCUUAGAGAAUGAACUCGUCUUUUCUGGUGCGCUAUAAGAUUUCUUUCCUGUAAAUUACUUUCCUGACGCUCCAUGUUUACGACGGCUUUAGUAAAAGAUCUCAAACAAGCGGA